UCAUUGGCUGUUCCUGCGGCCCCGCCCUCCGGGCAGAGCAGUCACGUGACGGGACGGCUGGGGGCUCCCGGCGCGGGGGACGCUGGUGGCCAAGAUGGCGGCGGAGCUGGUGGAGGCCAAAAACAUGGUGAUGAGUUUCCGAGUAUCCGACCUCCAGAUGCUGCUAGGCUUCGUGGGCCGCAGCAAGAGUGGCCUGAAGCAUGAGCUGGUUACACGGGCACUGCAGCUGGUGCAGUUCGACUGCAGCCCUGAGCUCUUCAAGAAGAUCAAGGAACUCUAUGAGACUCGCUAUGCCAAGAAGAGCGCAGAGCCGGGCCCGACACCAGCCACUCGGCCGCUCGAGCCCCUGGCACUGCACUCAGUGCCCAGGACUGCCCUGUCAGGGCCUGCCGUGGACUACCCUGCACUCUACGGGAAGUAUUUAAAUGGACUGGGGCGACUGCCCACCAAAGCCCUCAAACCUGAGGUGCGCCUGGUGAAGCUGCCCUUUUUCAACAUGCUGGAUGAGUUGUUGAAGCCCACCGAGCUGGUCCCACAGAGCACUGAGAAGCUUCAGGAAAGCCCAUGCAUCUUCGCGCUCACGCCACGGCAGGUGGAACUGAUCCGAAACUCCAGGGAGCUGCAGCCCGGAGUGAAGGCCGUACAGGUGGUGCUGAGGAUCUGUUACUCUGACACCAGCAGCCCACAAGAAGACCAGUACCCACCCAACAUCGCUGUGAAGGUCAACCACAGCUACUGCUCAGUGCCGGGUUACUACCCUUCCAACAAGCCCGGAGUGGAGCCCAAGAGGCCGUGCAGACCCAUCAACCUCACUCACCUCAUGUACCUGUCCUCAGCCACCAACCGCAUCACUGUCACCUGGGGCAACUAUGGCAAGAGCUACUCAGUGGCGCUGUACCUGGUAAGGCAGCUGACGUCGUCAGAGCUGCUACAGAGGUUGAAGACAAUUGGAGUGAAGCACCCCGAGCUCUGCAAGGCACUGGUCAAAGAGAAGCUCCGCCUGGACCCAGACAGCGAGAUCGCCACCACUGGGGUGCGUGUGUCCCUCAUCUGCCCGUUGGUGAAGAUGCGGCUCUCAGUGCCCUGCCGUGCAGAGACCUGCGCACACCUGCAGUGCUUCGACGCUGUGUUCUACCUGCAGAUGAAUGAGAAAAAGCCCACGUGGACAUGCCCUGUGUGCGACAAGCCUGCUGCCUACGACCAACUCAUCAUUGACGGGCUGCUAUCAAAGAUCCUGAGCGAGUGUGAAGACGCAGAUGAGAUCGAGUUCCUGGCCGAUGGCUCGUGGCGCUCAAUCCGCGCCGAGAAGGAGCCGAGCUGCAGCCCACAGGGCCCCAUCCUGGUGCUGGGCACCUCGGAUGCCAACGGGCUCCUGCCAGCCCCCAGCACCAAUGGCGGAGGUAGCGGUGUAGGCAUGGCCCUGGGCAGCACGGGCAGUGGGGCGGGCACGGUAGGUGGCCUGGAGAACGGGAAGCCAGGUGCUGAUGUGGUGGACCUGACGCUGGACAGCUCGUCAUCCUCAGAGGAUGAAGAGGAUGAGGACGAGGAUGAGGAGGAUGAGGGCCCAAGGCCCAAGCGUCGCUGCCCGUUUCAAAAGGGCUUGGUGCCAGCCUGCUGACCGCGGCCAUGUCCGUAACAGUGCUGCGGAGGGCAGCGGGCCGGGAGCGCUUUCCUUUCUUGGUCCCUUGUCUUGCCCACCCCUUCCCCCUGGCUCCCAGCACCUGUACCUCUGGACUCUCUUCUGGGGGAGAUUAAAAACAAAACAAACAAACAAAAAAAAACAGUAAAAUGACCAACAAAAAAAGAAAAAAAGGAAAACAAGUACAAAAACAAGAAAGCAAAACACAAGACAGAAUCAAAACUUAAAAAAAAA